AUGCCGUUCGUGCAGCGUGUCGUAACCCCGAAGUACAUCGCCCGCUCGUCGAAGUUGGCACUCCAGCCAUACGCGGCGGCCCCGACCAUCCCGGUGGCGGACAAUGAGUUCGAGGCGCUGACCAACAUCACGCUCAGCAAUGCCCUGCGCCAGCUGGCGUCGCUGGUGUUCAUCUCCAACCAGAUCUUCACCGAGCUGCACCAGGAGCUGACCAGCGUGAGCGAGCGCUCGGUCGGGCUCCGGCAGCGGCUGGACCGGCUGUCCGAGAAGGUGGAGUCGUUCGAUCCGAAGCAAGUCACUGUCCCGGAAAGUGACCUCGAUACAUUCGUCCAGAUCAAGCAGCACCACAAAACGCAGUACCAUGUGGACACGUCGCUGUUCACCGUGGCGACGCGCUCGGAGACGGUGCAGGGGAUGUACGAGGCCGCAGCCAAGACGCCCGUCGCGACCAUCGCCGAGAUGGACCGGAUCAUGGGCAACAUCGCCGGCAGCAGCUCGGAUGCGUUCAUCUGCACGCCGGUGCUGAGCCGCCAACGCCGCAACGCCCGGGCCAACAACGUCGACCUGGACAUCGAAGUCAGCCUGCCCACAGCCGUACAGGAUCUACGUAAAUGGACAUCCGCGGAGGCGAUCGGCGACGUGACAACGGGGGUAUCAUGUUCGGUGAAAAUUGCCCCCAAUUCCACCGCCAACAAUUCCGUCCUACCGAACAUCAGUGAAGCAAGUGCCGAUGUUCUAGAUUCGGUCCAACCAGCCACGUCCUCUACAGCGAACCAUGACAUCGACAUCGACGCCAUUACGACGCUGGCGGAGUCUCCGGUGCGCUCGGACACCAGUGACGAUCGAAUCGAUCACCUUCUACCCUCGCCGGACGAACAAUGUCGUAUUCUGGCAUCAAAAUUCCCAGCGGAAACGAUAAAAAUCGACACGUCCGGCCGACCGUUCGAUCGCAUGUCCUCCACGAGGCGGUCGGCACUGGUUUGCUAUGGACCACGCCCGAAAAAGGACGACUCCAAGCCGGAAGAGGACACGGUUAGGCGCCGUUCGCGUUUGCGACGCCCGAGAGGUAAAAGAAGAAACACGAUCGCCGGCACGGAUCAGCGGGAAAUAGCGGAAGUCAUCAGCAAAGGGGAACCGGAAGCCAGCGGGCCAGCGGAUGGUGAGCACGCACCGUGCGACUUUGGCGAGCUGGUGCCGGCGAUCCGCAGCAAGUCGGGCGACCUGCUGCGCAAAGAGACGCCCUCGUUCUCGGCCGAAUGGGCCAAGAGCUUCAACAAGAUGUCGCACUUCAACUCGCUGAAGCAGUGGGGCAUCAACCGGCUGCGGAUGAUCAACCGCGAGUCGAGCAACCGCGACCAGAAGGAUCACGAUAUUGACGACUUCAAUAUACACGAUACCACCCUGGCGCGGCAGCAGAGCGCAGCGGGCGGCGGUGGCGGUGCCAGUGGAGCAGGUGGCACCCGGCGACGCGGUUCCGACAGGGAGAAGCGCCUUUCGCACGAUCGAAAGCCGUCUUACUCAUCGUCGGAGCGCAGCUCGUCGGGCGUCAUCGGUGGUGCCGCGUAUCUGCCCGCCUCGAUCAAUCCGGUGAAGCUUCGGGAGACGUCCACGAUCCGUCGGCAGCGGCGGACGGCGUUGGGAAGCCGCGAUGAGCCGCACUCGUCCAGUGGCAACUGGAGUGCCAGCUCGGAGUCGGGCCGCACGUCGAUCGGCAGUGAGAUCACGUCCACCAACACGCACCCCAAGUCGAGCGCUUCCAGCACCUCGCUCAACCACAGCAAUCCGGUCAGCUCGAGUGCACCGCCCAGCUCGAUCGUGAGCCGGCGACGGUUCUUCAACACGUCCGCAUCGAGCAGCGUCACGAGCGAGGGGACGAUCACACCCGACCUGCAGACAUUCGACUACCACGACGAAGGUGGUGAAACGAGCUCGGUGUACUCGUGCGACACGGAAGGCUACUACACCUCGUUCCACGUCGAUUCGGGUUUGAAAACGCUCAAGGAGGAGGAACCGAUGACGCCACUCCAGUCGACGACGGCCCUGUCCAGCAUUACAUCGUUCUCCAGCUCGGGCAACACAACGAUCGUGUCGCAGGAGAACGACUACGAUGGAUACGGGAAGGGUUCUACGUCGACGACGACCACUAGCUCGGCCGGUACGAUCUGCACGGUGCUGGCGGAUUGUGAGAAGAGUGUCAACGCUAGCCUACCGAAAAUCCCGGAACGCAAGAGCUCGCUGACCAAGUUGAACCGAAGCAAUAGCACCGCCAGCAACGGAACGCUCGAGCGAAGCUACUCGAGCAGCACCCUGGGAAGCACGCUGGACAGCACCGGCACGAUCAAGCGCAACGGUGUGCUCAUCCAGAAGGAAGUCCUAAAGAUCCUCCGGCAGGAGAACAACAACCGAUUGGACGUGGCUGACGGAAAUGCACUGAAAACACAGCCGCAAAGUGGAACGGAGAAGCAGCCUGAAGCGAGUAAGAAACUUCCACCGACCGCCGAACCGGAGCAGUCGGAAUCGUCCGAUGUGGAAUGUGUGGAGCGUACAGAGAGGCUGAAGGUGAAGACAACCAUCAACACGAGCCGCAUUCCUUCGAUGUGCAUCAUCACGCCGACGAACAGUGACGACGAGCACGAUGCUGGAGUAACUCCGAAAGUUCCUGCCUCAUCUCGCAAGACACCGACGGCGUCCUCGAACGAGAAGUCCACCGUGUCCUCGAAGCGUCCUUCGCUGACAGAGUCGACGUCGUUCGAGUUGAAGAAACCGAAAGAUUUCCGCAAGCACUCGCUGUUACCACUGAACAGCGUGCUAGAUCGGAUCAAGGGUGCAUUGCCACAUUUGAAAAAGUCGCCCACGAAGGAAGAAGCUGGACUGGAUGGAUCGCUUGAGAAGCAUGACGAUGAUGGUAGCGGUGGUGGUGGUGGGGAGUACGUGGAAAUUGCCAAGGGGGGAGGACGGAAGACGCCGAACGAACUGACCGUACGGCGCAACCUGGCGACGGUUCUAUCCGGCAACCUUAACGAAGAGACGGAGUACGUUUCGUUGAACGAGCUACCGUGCAACAUGAAGUGCGAGAGUGGCAACUUCCUGCUGGUCGAUGACAAGUGUGCUAGCGCGGCUGUCACGCUGCAAUCGGGUCAAGAUGGCGCCGGAAGCUGCACCGCGACAGAAUCAACGGUGGAGACGACACCGACGGCGACGGUGGCAGCGGGCAGUGGAAAGGUGCAACCGCACGCUGCUGCGCUGAAGGGUGCUGCGCGUGUGAAGCUGGAUGCGAACGGGAGAGUGAUUUUCUCAUCUGACAGCUUGAAGCGACGGAAGGGAGCGCACACGACAUUCGCACCCGGGCCAUGCGUAAAGGACGUCUCGUCACGCGAAGCGCAAUGUAAACAAAAUCUCGUUCUUCGGCAGCAUCGACCACUCGAACUCGGUGAUGGCGCUGUCGGUGAUGGUGCAUCGACUUCCGUGAACGCGAGUGCUGCGACGGUCCGUCCCACGGUCAUUCCCACCGUGCGGCAACUGAAGCGUCCUCUGCUGUCGGCGCGUUACGGAGCAUUGGGGUCUGGCAAUCGGAUCGUUCCAUCCAUCGCAGCAGGCGCCCCUGGCAGCAUCCUCGAGCCCGGUGCAAAGAAAACACUCGUGGCAACGAUCCUUCCGAACAGUGCUAAAUCGCAGCAACCACCACCGCAACGGGAACCACGCGAACUGUCCAACAUGCAGUCCUUUUCGCCGUCCUACUCCUCCACCAACACUCUGGGGCGAAUCAGUCCCAACGUCGAGGGCCACCACACGGCACCGCUUCCCGGAACAGCAGCAACAACCCCCACCGCCACAUUCUACAAAGGUGCUCAAGUAAACGUACAAAGCGUAGCCGCAGCCUCCUACCAACCGACGAUGGUAGGCCAUGCGAAACCCUACCCGGAAGGUGCUCACUCUUUGGACCGUUCUAGUAUAAGAAAUUGGUACCCGGAUAAGCUAACCAUCGGUGGCCGAAGCGGUUUGCCGACCAGAUUGGUAGAGUCCAGAGUGCCCCGGGGUUACCCGGCACUGCACAGUGACUACGAACCACCGAAAGCACUUCUGGCGGGUGGCUUUUGCAGCCCACAGCAGGCCAGCAGUCCACAGCCUCCGGUGGAAGGUGAUUCGAUCGUUGAUCCGCACAGUCUAUACGCGAUUCCGAACAAGUCAAAACCAUCACCCCUGGCCGUAGGAGGCCGCAUUGCUGCUGGGUCCCGGCCAACCGAUCGAAGCCUUCGCUCGAUACUGGCCGAACAGAGCAGCGAACUGUCGCCCAUCAAACCAUGCCAAUCGAAUCCGUUCAAGACGUCUACGCCGUCGAAGGAGGACGAGCUGACGAUGCAGUGGCAGAAUAGGUUACUUUCUUCCCCUGCCGUACGCUCGCUGGGAAGUUCGCCGGUUCAUUCCGGACGGUCAACACCACGUGAAAUGCUCGAACCGCAAACACCACGUGGACGGCACAGUUGGGCCUCGAAUAGCGUCGAGGUGCCGAAGACAUGCUCUGACCGCUUGGGCACCCCGAAAACGAGUCUGAUGGAUUUCAAAAAGUUGCUACUUGCGCACGGAACAAAGUCUCAUGCUAGCCCCGGUUCGAAAAUGUCCGCCGUGGAAAUGCUUAAGAAAAGUAAGGAGGCGGCGGCGGCGGCUUCGGCGAACCGACCCCAGGAAACACCAGGAUCCCCGGGCGGAGGUAUGGCCAUCCUGGACAUGUCCGCCUCACCGAAAAUGUACAGCUUCCGGCGGAUAGCGCAGCAGGGCAACUACGGUGGAUCGCCGACGAAGGCUUCCGGUGGAAAAGGGGUCGGUUCGCGCUCGAACUGGCGCUAUAACAAUAUGCGCACGGGUGUCAUAUCUACGGCCAUUCCGGAGGCGAACAGCGAGGAAGACAUCCAGCCCAUCGAUCGAAAAUCCACCGAAGAGAGCGAACCACCUACCAUCGACAGUAAGGGUUCGAUCCCACCAGAAAAGAUGGCACAACUGGCCAGCGACUUGGAGCAGACGAUCAGUAGUAUUAAGGAAAACAUAUUCCUCAAAGAAGACGAGAACAAUUUCAUGAAGGGUGAAGUGCCGCGGAUGGCAAAAUCUUUCGCAGGAUUUUCCACAACCCCUGUGUCAACCGAGGGACAUCGCGGGCGGCUCGUGAAGGAGUUGGGCGCAAAGUUCGGUGCCCGGACGGACCAAAAGGAAGGAACAGAAAUGAACGAAGCCGAGAAAAUGCAGGCAGCGGCUGCCCUCGAAACGGCACUAUAA